AGGUCGCCGCGCCUCAUUACCAUGACGACCAGCUGCAGGUCAAAGUCUUCUGGAAGUGGCCUCACCUGGGCCGACAGAGACUUCCUGGUCCGUACCUCUUACGCUGGCGACCUCACUCCUGCAGCAUGAACGUCACCGACACAGAGAAAACAACCACGCUGCAGAGCACCCAUCACACCAUCACAGGCCUGUUGUUUUCCUGUAAGUACCGGGUCUCCGUGAUGAUGGAGGCUGACCAGGGGUCAGAGGUCGUUGCCUGGGUCACGACCCCGACUUGCUCCUCCGUGAGGGUCCGAGGAGGCAGAGCGCUGAGCUGCGGUGCUGAGGAGCGCCCCCUGGCAGGCAGAAGGGUGGUACUGCGCCCUGAACGACUGUCGGCUGACUUUCGACUCCUCAACGGCACCGUGCUCAUGAACCUCCGCUGGAGGAUAUCCCAUCAUGCACCGGGCCUGGCGGCCGUAGACGGGUUCCGGUUCACUUGGACCCUGCAGCCAUCGGGGGCCACGGAAGGGCCCGAAGACACACUCACCUCCCUGACACAGACCAUCGCCCCGAAGGCGUCCGUCUACUACAUGGUAGGCAACCUCAUGAAUGAACAUUAG